AUGGCCGCCGACCAGCCUGCUCGCAUCCAGAAGACCGCCUCGUCAGUGCACGAUGUCUCGGCGGAGAAACCGCCCUUCGGCUCGCGUUUCCUCACCGAUAAUGUCGACGUCUGGAGCCAAAAUGCGUGGGACCACGUUCCACCUCCAGAUGAUCAGGAUGAUGUGAUCUUGGCGGCACUAAGCAAACAGAAGAGCUCGCCAGUUCCCGAGAGCGACAAAGCAAAGUACAACGAGAAACCGGCCAAACAUUGGGACAACUUCUACAAGAUGAACGCGAGCAACUUUUUCCGGAAUCGCAAAUGGCUUCAUCUUGAGUUUCCCGAUCUCAAACGAGCUGCUGAUCCUGACGCCGGCGCCCUGACCGUCGCAGAGAUCGGCUGUGGAGCGGGGAACGCAGUCUUUCCCCUGCUAUCAGCGAAUCAAAACCCGCUUCUCAGCCUCCGAGCCUACGAUUAUUCUUCUCAUGCAGUCAAGUUGGUCCAGAAUAACCCCCUAUAUCUCCAACCCCCUCUGGGCACUAUUGAGGCCGCCGUGUGGGAUCUUUCGUCGCCCAGCCUACCUCCAGGCCUUGAGCCCGGCAGCCUCGAUAUCAUUGUUCUCAUUUUCGUUAUGAGUGCCCUCCAUCCGGAAGAGUGGGCGAACGCCGUCGCCAACGUUCAUAAACUCCUCAAGCCAGGCGGUCUUGUGCUUUUUCGGGAUUACGGCCGAUACGACCUCACGCAGUUGCGCUUCAAGGGCGGUCGUCUACUCGACGACAACUUCUACAUCAGGGGCGACAAAACCCGGGUAUACUUCUUCGAACUCGACGAACUUGCACUCCUGUUCACCGGCAAGCCCGCCCCCGCAGCCUCGCGGGAACACGGCGCCAUUCAGAUCAUCGACGAGACCGACGAGCCCGUCGAGUUAUCCGCGGCCACCCCUUCCGACUCUGGUGCGAACACGCCCAUCGUUGCCGAGGUCGAUAUCUCGUCGACUCCACCACCGCAAAGGUCUUCGCCCAAAGCAGGAGCAAUCCACCCUGUCCUUGCUGGAUCACCAGCGCCAAAGGAGGGCACACAUCCGCUUUUCGCCAUCGAGCAGUUGGGCGUGGACCGGCGGCUCAUUGUAAACAGGAAGAGACAGCUCAAGAUGUAUCGAGUGUGGAUGCAGGGGAAGUUCCGCAAGCUGUAA